AAGCAUCAUUUUGUGCCUUAGAUUAUCGAACAAAAAGAUUGUCAAAAUUGAAGCGCAUAAAUGUUUUCGUCGGUCUGGAAAAACAUUGAAACCCAAUUGACUUCCUACUAUUUUCGAGGUUUGUCCAAAUUAGCUGCGAAACGACCUGCAGUUAAUGCGUCCCCUGGUGCUGGUGCUGGAUCGUUGAAACGGUUUCUGGUUGUCCCGUUAUUGUGCCGCGUCAAUUUACAAAAGUUGAGGACAGUUGGGUUUAGGGGAAUGCAUAGCUCAUUGGAAGAUGUCAUGCUGGACAGCAUGCAGGUGAAAAUCCUGCCUGCUCUACAGGAUAAUUAUAUGUAUUUGAUUGUGGAUAGUAAGACGCAGGAGGCAGCGGUCGUAGAUCCAGUGGAUCCGGAGCUGGUCAUCAAAACAGUAAAGGAGGCGAAUGUCAAGCUAAACAAAGUUUUGACUACUCACCAUCAUUGGGAUCAUGCUGGCGGCAAUGAGAGAUUGGUUAAAAUGUGGGAUGGUGAACUGCAGGUGUAUGGCGGUGACGAGCGUAUUGGCGCAAUGAAUCGCAAAGUUUGCCAAGAUGAAACUUUUACCAUUGGCACCCUAAAUGUGCGUUGCUUGUCAACUCCGUGUCACACCAGUGGCCAUAUUUGCUAUCAUGUGACGGCUGCGAAUAGCAAUGCAGCUGGUGCCGUUUUUACUGGCGACACACUUUUCCAAGGCGGCUGUGGUCGCUUCUUUGAAGGUACUCCGGAGGAAAUGUAUGAUGCUUUGUGUGCCAAACUUUCGGCUUUGCCGGACGAUACAAAGGUGUUUUGUGGACAUGAGUAUACGCUGCAGAACAUGAAUUUUGCUCGACAUGUUGAGCCGGACAAUAAAAAUGUGCAGAAUCGCAUUGAAUGGGCCAAGUUGCGCCGCGCAACCAAAGAUCCAACAGUUCCGUCGACCAUUGGCGAGGAAAAGUUGUGGAAUCCAUUUAUGCGCGUGCAUGAGUCUACCGUACAGGACCAUGCAGGCAUUAAGGCGAAUCCCAUUAGCACCAUGGAAGCCUUGCGCAAGGAAAAGGAUAAUUUUAAGGCUUAAAUUUUAAAUUUAUUAAACGUUGAAAGUCGUAAAGAGCA